AAAAAAGACUACUAUAUUCUGUAUAUAAUAUGUAAUAUAUACACUUUUACCCCCAAUUAGCCACUGUCACCGUUCCGAACAACCAAAUCCCACAGCUCACCAAUCUCUCCUCCGUCCAACAAUGGAUAUCCGAUCAAAUCCAACCUCACUUCCUAUCCAUCGAUCACCUGAAUACUCGUCGGAAACCGAUUCAUCUCCACCGCCAAUCACCUCCUCAAGAGACCUCUAGUCCCGGCUAUGCAAUUUCUUCACACCACCCUCAUCUCUAUCUUUUACCACCAUCGAAUCUAGACACCGGAUUCCUUAAGAAUCUUUUCUAAUUCUACUCCUCCGUCUUCGAAUUUUUUUUUGCUCUGUUUAGAUUUAACCCAAGCUUUUCGACCAUGAAUCGAUACUUCUAAUAUCAAACAUGCUCGACGCUCAGUGAUUCUGUCGGCUUUUCUACAUCGACGCCGUUGCUAAUAGCGCAAAACCUGAGCUCCGACGACAAAAAACAUAUGCGUUUCAGAAUAAUGGCAAAUUGGAAAAUAGGAAAAUAAUGCAGGGAUAGACUUGUAAUUAUUUAGGAUUUUUGGUUACUUGCUGAAUUACCUAAAUUAUAUGGCUAUAUUCUUUAUUUUUGAUGCAAAUAUGGCUACACAGCUAAUUCACCCUUUAAAUAAUCUACAGAAUUGUUCAAAAAAGAAAGGAAAGGAAAACUUCGUCUUCCCAAGGAAGUCAAGAACAAAGGAACCAAAAAGUUUGUUAAGCAAAGAGACGACGAGAGAGAAGCAAAGAGGAAUUCGGAAAUCGAUGGAUAGGCUUGAAGGACCACCACGUCUCAUACUUGUUGCUGAUCUUGAUUGCACAUUGGUGGAUCACGAUGAUCCUGAAAACACCGAUCUUCUUAGGUUCAAUGCGCUUUGGGAAGCUCACUAUCGCCAUGAUUCAUUGCUUAUUUACUGCACCGGGAGGUCUUUCAGUUCUUACAUGAGUCUAAGAAAGAAGAGACCGUUGUUGACUCCGGACAUCGCCGUAACUUCUGUAGGUUCUGAGAUUGUGUACAGCGGUGAAUCAACAGUGUCUGAUGUUGUUUGGACUGCUCGUUUGGAUUAUAAGUGGAACAGAGACAUUGUUGUUGAGGAAACUCUUAAAUUCCCUAAACUUGAGCCUCAGCCAGACAAGAGCCAAGAAGAGCACAAAGUGAGUUUUUUUGUGGAAAGAGAAGACGCUGUUGAAAUAAUGAAGGAACUUCCAGGGAUAUUAGAGGAGCGUGGGGUGGAUGUGAAGCUGGUUUAUAGCAAUGGCUAUGCUUUCGAUGUAUUACCAAGAGGAGCUGGCAAACAAGGUGCUUUGACAUAUCUACUUGACAAGUUGGAUAUUGAAGGCAAUCAGCCUUCUAAUACACUUGUUUGCGGUGACUCUGGAAACGAUUCUGAGCUCUUCAACAUUUCUCAAGUAUAUGGUGUAAUGGUUAGCAAUUCUCAUGAAGAAUUGUUGCAAUGGCAUGAAGAAAAUGCAAAGGACAAUCCAAAAAUAUUUCAUGCGUCCGAGAGAUGUGGGGCUGGUAUUAUAGAAGCCAUUCAGAGGUUUAAUUUGGGACCAAGUGUCUCUCCAAGAGAUGUUUUGGACUCUGAAAUUUUCCAGGCGGAAAGUUUGAAUCUUGCUCAUGAGGUUGUUCAGUUUUAUUUGUUUUAUGAGAGAUGGCGUUGUGGAGAGGUGGAGAAGUCUGACAAGUAUUUGCAGAAUUUGAAAUCGCUCUCUAGUCCACUUGGUAUUUUUGUUCAUCCGUCUGGAGUGGAGAAACCAAUACAUGAAUGGAUAGAUGAUAUGGAACAUUUACAUGGUGACGGGAAGGAAAAGAAGCUCCGCAUUUGGUUGGAUAAUGUUUCGUCUUCUCAUAUCAGUUCAGAUACAUGGCUUGCAAAAUUUGACAAGCAUGAGUUAUCUGAGGGAAAAGUACGGUCUUGUUCAACAAAAGUCUUACUGAGUUAUAAGGAGGAAAAGCAAAGGCUGACGUGGAUGCACAUCCACCAAUCAUGGUUAGAUGAAUCUUUUUCAGAUGAUCAAGAAAAAUGGGUUUUCUAAAGCAUUAUCUUAAUCUCGACUGACAUAUUAAGAUGACACAUGUUUGGGACAGAAGCUAACCAAAGAACAUAGUGUGUUUGUUUUGUGUUAUGUUUGUUUGGGAUGGUGUGAAUUUGAUAAUAAGCAUGAAGAAGAAUAAAAGCUGAAGAGUGGUGUUGCCAUGUCUUGGUUUUAAUACUUUUUUAACAAAUAAGGAAUAUUGGGUCCUGAGUUUGGUCUGUUCAGGACCAUUUCAGGGCAGAGAGAGUUUUGGGUCUCAACAAAACCUACAUUUCUUUGGUCCCUACCUUUUGUCAUCUACAUAUUCAGAAAGAAUUUGUGUUUGA